GGCUUGAGACAUCAUCGUGGUGUCUCAGCUAGCCAUAACAAGUCGUUCAUUACUUCGGUAAAGGCUUCAGUAAAAAUGUUCAGGCAAAUUGCUAUUGUUCUGAUGAGUUUGGCGGUGGCUAUGGCUGCACCAUCCGGUCACUGGGGUGGAGUUGCUCUUGGAGGGCCUGUAUUGGGUCCAUCUGCUCUUGCUGGACCAGCGAUUGGGCCUGCCUCUCUGUCUGGGUCCGUUGCAGGACCAGUCAGGGUGUCAGGUGCCGUUGACGGAGGGGCUGUUGUCACUGGGUCCGUUGCUGCACCAUCUCUCGUGUCUGGAAGCGUCGUCGGAGGGACUGCUAUCUCUGAACCUGGAUUGGGAUGGGCUGGAUAUGCAUCUGGAUGGGCUGGACAUGGGGCUGGAUGGGCUGGACCCGCUGGAUGGGCUGGACACGGUGUUUCUCUCGCUGGACCCUAUGCUGGAGCUGCUGCCAUCGCUGGACCUGCAGCUCUUCCUGCUGUUGUUCAGGGACCAUCUGGAAGCAUCGUCGCUGGUGGACCAGCCUGGGGACGUCAUUGGUAGAAAAUUCAUGAGGCUCAGAUAAUGACACGUCCGAAGACAAUCGACUGACCACCAAUCUUCGACUUUAGCAACGAUUCAUGAUCUCUCUUUCCUCUUUUACCGCUAUAGUACCUCUCGACACUUUCAAUUUUUAAGAUCGUGUAUAUAUUCAUGAGGAUUUCAUACAUGUAUGGAUAGGAUACUAUUGGGAGAAAUAAAAAUUGCAUUUUGAGUUGAAAGUUA